AUGCCAAUACAAUUGUCAGAUUUUCAGAAGAUCGGUCUCGGUCUGUCAAUAUUUGGUGUUGGUUUUAUUUUUCUUGGUAUGAUUUUUUUAUUUGAUAAAGGUUUACUUGCAGUUGGAAAUAUUUUAUUUCUUGCUGGUUUAAGUAUGAUUAUUGGAUUUGAACGUACAUUUCGAUUUUUCUUUCAACGUACAAAAAUUAAGGCUACAUUUCUUUUCUUUGGUGGUAUUGGAAUUGUUUUAUUUGGUUGGCCAAUGGUUGGAAUGAUUUUUGAAAUAUAUGGAUUUUUUCUUCUGUUUGGUGGUUUCAUUCCAAUUGCAAUUAAUUUUCUUCGACGUUUGCCAAUCAUCGGUUCAAUUUUAUUGUUGCCGGCUCAUCGAUCAUUAAAAAGUACAUGUAUAAUAUUUACAUAUAAUGUUCAACAUAAUAUUCUUCGAACCCUUUCAUCGAGUUCUUUCUAUCGUUAUCAAUAUGAUUUAUUAUUACGACAAAAUGUAAAUCGUUUAUCAAAACGAACACAAUCUAGCUUCACACCACCUUCAAAUAAUAAUAGUAAUCAAUCAGUUUCAUCAGAAAAAAAUCCAUCUACAAUAACAACAGUAUUAAAAGGUUUCAAUCUAAAUAUAAUAUCAAUAGAACUCAUCUGUUUAUUUUUAGCUCGUCCACGUAAUACACAAGUAAAUGAUGUUCCUGAAAGUUAUACAGAUAAUAAACUUAUUACAGCUGUACGAGCUAUGCAUGAAUAUUUAUUAAGUCCAUCAGAUUUAGAAACACUUCAAAAAUAUAAAACACGUUCACCUUAUACAGAUGUUGCUGAUAGUUCACGUAUGCUUACAGUUUAUCGACGAGGUGAUGUCGAAAAACGAGCUCAUGAAGUGUGGGGUAGUCAAGAAAAUUUAAAUAAAGAAAAAGCUAAACGAACUAAAGCUCUACGAGAUGAAGAUGAAGCUAAGUUUGGUUUAAAAAAAGCCAUUAAAGAAUAUCAAAAACGUUUAAUAUUAAUAGAAAAUGCAUCAUUUGAUAAUCGAAAAGCAGUUAAAAAAAAUAUUCUUACCACUGGUAGUGGAAAAGUAGUUAUUGCAGCUGUUCUUAUUAAUGCAACAAAUGCCGUUGUUAAAACUAUUGGUUGGUUAUUUACAGGUUCGGCUUCAUUAUUUUCUGAAGCAGUACAUUCCAUUGCUGAUACAUGUAAUCAACUUAUAUUAUCAUUUGGUUUAUGGCAAUCAAUCAAAAAACCUAACCCUGAACAUCCUUAUGGUUAUUCAAAUAUGACAUAUAUAUCUUCACUUAUUAGUGGUGUAGGAAUAUUCUGUUUUGGCACAGGUCUAGCUUGGUAUCAUGGUAUAUUAGUAUUAUUAUAUCCUCAAGAAAUGGAAUCUGUCGUUUGGGGUAUAACACUUUUAAGUGGUUCAUUAAUAUCUGAAGGAGCAACACUUUAUAUGGCUGCUAAUGAAAUUCGAGCAUCAGCUAAAGAAACUGGCAUGAAAUUUUGGGAAUAUGUUAGUCAAGGAUAUAAACCAAAUGUGAAUGUUGUCCUAUUAGAAGAUUUAGCAGCUGUUUUAGGUGUAUGUGUAGCUGCUACGGCUAUGGGUCUUUCACUUUAUCUUCAUUCACCUAUUCCAGAUGCCAUUGGAUCACUUAUUAUUGGUUGUAUUUUAGGUGGUGUUGCUUCUUUUAUUAUUUAUUCAAAUACAGCUGCACUUGUUGGACGAUCUAUUCAUCCGAAUCAGAUUGAAGCAAUUAAUAAUGAUUUAGAAAAUGAUCGAAUGGUUCGUGCAUUGUAUGAUAUUAAAGCAACUGAUAUGGGUUCACAAUCAGUUAUGUUUAAAGCUGAAGUUGAUAUUGAUGGAAGAGAAAUAGCUCGAUCGUAUUUAGAAAGAAUUGAUAUUGAACUUCUUCUUAAAGAAAUUCAAAAAAUUGAUACAGCUGAAUCAGUUGAAAUGUUUCUUCUUAAACAUGGAGAAAAUGUUGUCGAUAGAGUUGGAGCAGAAAUUGAUCGUAUCGAACGAAAUCUUCGAAAAAAACAUCCCUAUUUACGACAUGUUGAUUUAGAAGUUCUUUAG